ACAAUUUUGGACGAACUCGACCACCGUACUCGAUACCCUUUCCCCUCUAUCUCACUAUGAUGGUUUUUUUUUCUUUCUAACUUUUAGCUACUAUAGCUAAGUUUGUACCUUCAUUUUGCAGUGCCUUUACACAGACAGUCAUUAUAUAUAUUUUUUCCGUUUUCCAUCAUGUUCACGACCACCGGUUCCCGAGGGCUCGAUAAGGCCCCCCUGUCUAAAGGUCUCCUCCUGGUCCUCAGUGGUCUGACUGUCGUGCUAACCCUCCUGCCACAGUACAAUCACCUGUUCACCUACAGCCUGCAGGCCAUCACGUUGCAGCACCAGGUAUGGCGGUUAGUGUGUGGCAGACUGAUCUGUCUGGACCUAAAGGACACCUUCUGCAACAGUCUGCUCAUCUACAACUUCCGCAUCUUGGAGAGACGGUUCGGCAGCAGAAAAUUUGCUUCCUUCCUGUUUGGGACGUGGGUGCUCACUGCACUGGUGGACUUCCUGCUGUCCGAAGCGUUUCACUACCUGUUUGACUACCAGGUGUCUGAGCUGCCUGCUGGACUGCUAGGCCCAGUGUUCAGCCUGUUUGUACCUUUCUACUCCUCCAUCCCCAAGGUUCCAGUCACUCAACUCCUUGGUCAGAUCUCCAUAACUAACAAGUCCCUGGUUUACAUUGUAGGCCUGCAGCUCCUGACCUCCAGUCCGUUCAUGUGGCUCGUUGCUCUCAGUGGACUGGUCUCUGGGAAGCUGUACCACGGAAACGCUCUGAGGGUGCAGCGGCUGCUCUUCGUACCCCGGUGGCUGUCCCGUGUAGGGGCCUUCGUCCUGGAGCCCCUGUUCUCCGGGCCCCCGCCCCCCAAUGAACCCCCCCUGGGUAUGGGGGCUACUCUGGACAUCCAGAGACAGCAGAGGAUGGAUCUCCAUGAUCAACAGAUGCUGCUGGCCCAGUUCCAUCAGGCCAGGAGGAACCACAGACCACCACAGAAUGGCCUAAUGAACUGGAACAGGUUUUUCCCAUCGCUGAGACACAGAGGACAGAACCUUCCCCCAGAGCUGCAGCCACACCCCUCUCCACCGCUGCAGCCACACCCCUCUCCACCGCUGCAGCCACACCCCUCUCCACAGCAGCUCCACCCCACAGCUCCUCCACUGCUGGAGCCCACAGCUCCUCCCUUGGUCAACACUCCUGUAGCUGAAGAACAGGUGAGCACUGUUGCCAGAUUGAUGGAGAUGGGCUUCUCCAGAAUAGAUGCUCAGGAUGCCCUCAGAGCGUCCAACAACGACAUCAACGUGGCAACCAACUUUCUACUGCAGCAUUUAGGGUAGGGAGGAGUUUGAAAGAUGUAGAACCUGAGAGAGUAAAACAACAGAGGGAACAGAAUGAAGAGUGGGUCUGAUCCAGUGAGCAGGGUCCUGGGGGUUUGAGGCCAGGGGGACCGGCCUGCUCUGGAGCUCCAGAGGACUACACAGAGAAUAACUCAACACAGACUACACAAUUACUAGGAGGAAAGGAGAGAGGAGGACAGUAAUGCUGCUGCUGUCCACCGUGCUUCCUGAAGGGUGAAUAGGGCUGUCCACAGUGCUUCCUGGUAGUGGGUACACAGCCCUGUUCCAGAUAGUUUGGAUACUCUGUCCUGUUCCAGAUAGUUUGAAUACUCUGUCCUGUCACCUUGCUGCUGAGGGACAGAAGAUGGAGGAUCAGAAGGCUGCUAUACUCAGGGCUUGUUGCAUCUAGUGUCUUCUCUAUACUCUAGCAUUACCGUGGUUCAUUACUACUUCCUCCACCUCACACACACACACACACACACACACACACACACACACACACACACACACACACACACACACACACACACACACACACACACACACACAUUUGCCAGUCCCUAAAGGUUUUCUUUUGUGUCAUUUGUCCAUGGACAGUGAAUACAGGAGUUUGUUUGACUUCUGCAGAAUUCAUCUAAAAUCUUAAAGGGGUUUGAAAUGAGGAGAAUAUACUAAAUUAUGGAAACUGUCAAUCUUGUAUACUCAAUGAAAAACAUCUGCACAUGUAAUACUUAGUGGAUGGCUUGUAUGUUUAGCUGCUCAGUGGCUACAUUCUGGUUAACUACACUAUGGAAUAAAAUCAUGGUGACAAGAUAUUAAUUAUUUAAACUGAUUCACUAGUUUUUCACAAAAUCAUUGAGGAUUUAACACUUAUUUAUAUAAUUUUUAUUUACUUUUUGUUUUAUGUGACUGACUGUAUAAACAGAGGUGUGCUUGUUGUUUGGUUAACCUAUGCCUGUGUGUAGUGUCAUUAUGCUACAGAUUACAAAUGAUUAACAAUUUAACAAACUGCUUCCAACCACUGAAAUAUAUGCAAUGUGCUCUGCUGUGGUAACCGUGCUGCCCAUACAGCGUUACAACAGUAUAAUGGCCUAAUGAAUAAACCUACCUCUCACCUUCA